AAAAAAAAACUUUGUGACUCUUCUUUAUCUUUCACAGGCUUAGUAGUUUAGUAAAUGGGAGGAGGAGAAAUGAUCACAGAAGCACUGAGGCCUCUUGUAGGAUCGAAUGGUUGGGAUUUUUGCAUCACCUGGAAACUAUCCCCAGAUCAAAGGUAUUUGGUUUGGAUGAGUUGUUGCUGCAGUGGAGUUGUGACCCAGAGUUCAUCAGCAGCAGAGAUAUUUCCCCUCCUAUCCACUCAAAAGUUUUCAUGCAGGGACAAUGUUUACCAACAUGCAAGAACAGGGGCCUGUGAUGCAUUAGAAGAGCUCCCUUUGUCCAUCCCUUUGGAUUCCUCUCUAGGGUUGUAUGCACAAGCUUUGUUAUCAAACCAGCCCAUUUGGGAAACCAAUUUACCUGAUUCCACCCUCUCCAAUGAUGUAGUUAGAGGUAAAACAAGGGUUCUAAUACCUGUUCCUGGUGGGCUAGUUGAACUACUCGCUACAAAAUAUAUGGGCGAAGACCAGCAAGCCGUGGAGUUCGUCAUGUCCCAGUGCACAAUGGAUAUCGGCGGCGCCGACGACGGUGUACAGUCGUGGACUGAGCCGCCGGAGCCAAUGGCGGCGGACGGGUCCACCGCGUUCCCGUGGGACAUGCCGCACCCCGUGGACCAGGCCCGGCUUUUCGGGCCGUCGUUGGGCCUUUUCUCCGGGCCCAUGUACCGGACGAAGUCCGGCGGGAAGCGCCACCACUCGAAGAACCUCGUCGCCGAGCGGCGGCGGCGGAAAAAGCUCAACGACCGGCUAUAUUCAUUGCGCUCCUUGGUUCCGAAGAUCACCAAGAUGGAUCGAGCGUCGAUACUCGGGGAUGCGAUCGAGUACAUAAUGGAGCUGCAGAAGCAAGUGAAGGAGCUACAAGAUGAGCUCGAGGAGAAUCACAACCAAGACGACGAAGCCGCGAAGGGAAGUAACAACAAUAGCAAUGGGCAUAAUAUGGGAGUUAGUGUACACAAUGAGCUCAUGAAUCACCAUAACCAUGGAUUAUUAAUGGAGAACGAGGGUUCUCCCAAUUGCUCCUUAAUGGUGAUUGAUAAUAAUAAUAAUAAUAAUAAUAAUAAUAAUAAUAAUGAUGCUACGGGGAAGCAAGGUCAUGAUGCGACGUGCAAAGAAGAGAAGGGACACGAGAUGGAGCCACAAGUGGAGGUGAAGCAGGUGGAGGGGAACGAGUUCUUCCUGAAGGUGUUGUGCGAGCAGAAGCAGGGGGGGUUCGCGCGGUUGAUGGAAGCCAUGACCUCGCUCGGCCUGGAAGUCACCAAUGCCAACGUCACCGCCUACAAACCCCUCGUGCUCAACGUCUUCCGGGUCGCGAAAAGAGAUAAUGGAGCCGUGCAGGCGGAGCAAGUGAGGGAUUCCUUGCUGGAAGUGACCCGCGAUUCGACCGGCGGGUGGAUGGAGGCCGGACAAGCUAAAUCGACGGCCGACAACGGCGGCAUGGACUAUCACCACCAUCGCCACCACCAUUUCCACCACCAACUCAACUCCCACCACAAUAUCCACUACCUCAAUCACUAA